CCUGUGUCCUAUGUGGGAAAAUCUAGGUGAGAGCUGAGCUUAGGGGAUCUAGGGAACCACCCGGCUGGCAGCCAGCCCAAUCGACAUAAACGACUCCACAAUCUAGCCAUCACCACGAAAACAUCAGUUGACAGGGUGCACGACCCUCAAAAUAUCGUCAAAAUAGGUCUAAAAGACCGGUUGACAAAGGCUUGACAAGCCGAGUUCCUUGCAAAGAACAAGAUCUGGACAGCUAUGACUCGUCGCUAAUCUCCCCAGAUCCGAACAUGACGACUGCAAGGCUCAACGUCAUUGCACUGGUCUCUGGCGGCAAGGAUAGCUUCUUUUCCAUCCUGCAUUGUAUGGCCAAUGGGCACCGCAUUGUAGCCCUUGCCAACUUGCACCCUUCUGAGCCAGGGACCGGCACCACGCUGGCAGCAGCCGCGGUCCCUGCAUCCCGCCAGGGCGGUGCAUCCGCGGAUCAUAGUAAUGAUCACCAUGCUCCUGCUAGCGGGCAAUCCAACGAAGAUGACGAAGAGGUCGAUCUAAAUAGCUUCAUGUACCAGACUGUCGGGCACCAGGUAAUCCCACACUACGCCGCGGCCACCGGCUUGCCUCUGUUCCGCCAGCCUAUUGUUGGUACUACGGUUCAAUCUGGGAUUAGCUACCAAGACCCACGUCACUCUUCUUUCACGUCUCCUACCGCCGCGACCAAGGCAGAGCAUGCAUCUGACUCGGUAGAUGGGUCCCAAUUUCGCGGUUCUCAAGCAACCGAGGACGAGACCGAGUCGCUAGUACCAUUGCUACGAGCUGUCAUCGAAGCUCACCCCGAGGCCAAUGCUCUAUGUACCGGCGCCAUCCUUUCAACCUACCAGAGGACUCGUAUCGAAUCCGUAGCACUGCGCCUUGGUCUAGUGCCAAUUGCGUACCUAUGGCAAUACCCUGCUCUCCCAAUUCCAGAUCGCCAGGGUCCAGCUUCAAUUCUAGUCGAUCCGCCAAGCAUUGUGCCUGGUGUCUGCCAGAUUGGCGGUGAUGAUGACGCCCAACUCCUUCGUGAUAUGUCGGCAAUGGGAUUGGAUGCUCGUAUCAUCAAGGUGGCGAGUGCUGGCCUCGAUGAGGGCUUCCUAUGGGAAAACGUGGCUAGCGACAAGAGCAUUGCCCGCAUCAAGCAGGCGCUGAGACGAUUCGGUGGGGGCGGCCGCGGAUCUGUGCUCGGUGAGGGUGGUGAGUUUGAGACGCUUGUCAUCGACGGCCCGUCUGCACUGUUCAAGGGUAGGAUCGUGGUCGGAGACACUGACCGGAGGGUCGUGCAUGAGGGCGGUGGCAGCACUUGGCUCAGCGUUCGUGAUGCUCGUGUUGAAAUGAAGUCGCCACCUCCGGAAGGCAGUGAGUCUCUUGAUGUUCGCAUACCUACACUGCUCGAUGCGAGAUUCCGGUGCGUCCAUGAUGAUUUGCAAACAGCCAAGUUGCUAGAGUGUAAAUCAACGAGAGAUGCGGCUCCGCGCAUAACAGCCGUUGGUCUUGUACAGUCGGUUUCUACUUGCCAAUACGAGUUCAUGGGUGAGGGUGAGGGAUUGUCUGUUGAGCAGCAAACCACCAAAUUGGUUGAGGAUAUUCGAAGACUUGGCGAGCCACGAUCCAUUGUCAAUACUGUCAUCAUUCUGAGAAAAAUGUCCGAUUUUCCGAUAAUCAACAAAGUUUACGGCGAUUUAUUUGCAGCACCAAACCCACCAUCUAGGGUAACAAUCUCCUGUGGUACCCUCCUUCCUGAAGGUUCCCAGAUAGGUAUUUAUGUUACUAUCCAGCAUGGGCUCACAUUACCAUUAAGGCAGGGACUCCAUGUACAGUCGCGGUCAUAUUGGGCGCCAGCCAAUAUUGGACCGUACAGUCAAGCUAUCGUGUUUCCUCAGAGCAUCAGGACGAACGAUGAUGCAAGCACCGAUAGUUCUUGUGUACCCAAAUUGGUCACUAUUGCUGGCCAGAUACCUCUGCUACCGGCGUCCAUGGAAUUGCCUCAAUUAGAUGAUUCGGCCCCCUUACAAAUCACUCUAGCCCUGCAACAUCUCUGGCGAGUUGGUAUUGAGAUGCAGACGCAAUGGUGGACCAGCGCCGUGGCAUAUUUUCCGCGAACGCCCGACGAAGCAGAUAUGAAGCGUAAAGCUCUCCUCGCAGCAUGUGCCUGGCAGUCAGCACAUCUUUGGUCAGCUGACCCAUCGGAUGAAGACGACGAGAAUGGUCCUGACCUCUGGGAUCGAAAGUACAACCCUCAAUAUAUGUCGUUGACCAGCUCUGACGACUCUGUCUCUGCGCCUACACUUCCUCUCUGGGACAGGCUCAAUGGCUUUGAUGAAGACGACAACCUUGUUGAGCCAGUCGAUAGACCCCUGCCAUAUGUAUAUGCCGCCGAGGUGGAAGAAUUACCCCGAGGAGCAGGUGUUGAAUGGCAUGCACAUCGGGGUCUUGUGAACGUGAGUCCUGGGUCUAUACAUGUUGUGGACUUCCAUUGUGACACGUCGGACGCCACGGCGAAUAUGGAGCUUCAGAACAUUGUCGUCGACUCUACGGAAGAGACAUAUAUCCAUACCACCGCUGCUUUGUCACUACAAGAAACAAAAGGCCCACUCAAUUUUGAGACCCAACAAGAAAUCCUCACCAACGAGGUCAGGAGAUUUCUGGGUCUUAUCAUGGAGAAUAAAUCUGGGGUGCAACUUGACCUGGUGCCGUACCUGACUUACGUCAAUAAAAGCCAUGCCUUUGGGUCUCCGAAGGGUUCAAAGGCAAUUAUUCCCUGCCACUCAUUAUGGAACUCGAAGGGUCAGCGCCUGGAGGCAGUGAUGCACUACCAGGUGCACCUUACCAAAACACAAUAGGAAAAGAACUUAGCCCAAUAUCUUCAGUAUUAUCCUUCCUGUUCAUGGGAGUGUUACUAGUGUGUAAGCGUUUGCAGCUUUUG